AGCAAUGUAAGGGCAUCAGUCGGUUUGACAGCUCUGUACCACGCUGCUCACAAUUUUGCAAGGGCCCUUAUCCCCCCCCCCCGAAGCCGCACACAUUGCGCGCACACUCAGCACCUGUCCUCUCUGUGGUUAGGAUUCAGUGGGAGGGGUCAUUAUUUGGCAGGGAGCGGCAGAGAGGGAGGCAUUUCCUAGAUACCGACAGCGGCGUGUGGACUCAUUCAGAUUCACCACAUCGAUAUAGCGGGGCAGGCUUUGACUGUUUGAGAAAACGGGAAAGACAGAGGAAGCCAGUGUCGUUGGAAAUAAUCCGUGGAACAAUACAUCCCAGGCCGUUUGCUUUGCUGGAAUACAAGAGCUGUCAUCGGACAAGGAAUCAUGACAACUGCAACCUCGCCAAUCCUCCUGAAAUGGGACCCCAAGAGUUUGGAGAUUCGAACCCUGACCGUGGAGAGACUUCUGGAGCCCCUGGUCACGCAGGUGACCACUCUGGUGAACACCAGUAACAAAGGGCCGUCCAGUAAAAAGAAGGGCCGCUCCAAGAAGGCCCAUGUGCUGGCUGUGUCUGUGGAGCAGGCCACACAGAACUUCCUGGAGAAGGGAGAGCAGAUAGCCAAGGACAGCCAGGACCUCAAGGAGGAGCUGAUCGCUGCCGUGGACGACGUCCGCAAGCAAGGUGAGACCAUGCGGGUGGCAUCCUCGGAGUUCGCGGACGACCCCUGCUCCUCGGUGAAGCGGGGCACCAUGGUGAGGGCGGCCCGCGCCCUGCUGUCCGCCGUCACCCGUCUGCUCAUCCUCGCCGACAUGGCCGACGUCAUGAGGCUGCUGGCCCACCUCAAAAUCGUGGAGGAGGCCCUGGAAGCUGUGAAGAACGCCACCAACGAGCAGGACCUGGCUAACCGCUUUAAGGAGUUCGGGAAGGAGAUGGUGAAGCUCAACUACGUGGCAGCCCGGCGACAGCAGGAGCUGAAGGACCCCCAGUGCCGGGACGAGAUGGCAGCGGCGCGGGGCGCAUUGAAGAAGAACGCCACCAUGCUGUACACGGCGUCGCAGGCCUUCCUGCGCCACCCGGACGUGGCCGCCACCCGCGCCAACCGCGACUACGUCUUCAAGCAGGUGCAGGAGGCCAUCGGGGGCAUCUCCAGCGCCGCCCAGGCCUCCUCGCCCACCGACGAGAAGCACGGACACGCCGGCAUCGGCGAGCUGGCCGCCGCCCUCAACGAGUUCGACAACAAGAUCAUCCUGGACCCGCUGACCUUCAGCGAGGCCCGGUUCCGGCCGUCCCUGGAGGAGCGCCUGGAGAGCAUCAUCAGCGGGGCGGCGCUGAUGGCCGACUCGUCCUGCACGCGUGAUGACCGGCGCGAGCGCAUCGUGGCCGAGUGCAACGCUGUGAGACAGGCUCUGCAGGACCUGCUGAGCGAGUACAUGAACAACACGGGCAGGAAAGAGAAGGGGGAUCCUCUAAACUCCGCCAUCGACAAGAUGACCAAGAAGACGAGGGACCUCCGCAGACAGUUGCGGAAAGCGGUGAUGGACCACAUCUCGGACUCCUUCCUGGAGACCAACGUGCCCCUGCUGGUCCUCAUCGAGGCAGCCAAGAGCGGCAACGAGAAAGAGGUGAAGGAGUACGCCCAGGUCUUCCGCGAACACGCCAACAAGCUGGUGGAGGUGGCGAAUCUGGCCUGCUCCAUCUCCAACAACGAGGAGGGCGUGAAGUUGGUUCGGAUGGCGGCCACACAGAUCGACAGCCUCUGCCCACAGGUCAUCAACGCCGCCCUGACCCUGGCGGCCCGGCCUCAGAGCAAGGUGGCCCAGGACAACAUGGACGUGUUCAAGGACCAAUGGGAGAAGCAGGUCCGCAUCCUCACCGAGGCCGUGGACGACAUCACCUCCGUGGAUGACUUCCUGUCCGUGUCAGAGAACCACAUCCUGGAGGAUGUGAAUAAGUGCGUGAUCGCGCUGCAGGAGGGGGAUGUGGACACGCUGGACCGGACCGCGGGGGCCAUCCGCGGGCGGGCCGCCCGGGUGGUGCACAUCAUCAACGCCGAGAUGGAAAACUACGAGCCCGGCGUGUACACGGAGCGAGUGCUGGAGUCCAUCAAGCUGCUGUCCGAGACCGUCAUGCCCCGUUUUGCCGAACAAGUGGAAGUUGCAAUAGAGGCGCUGAGCACGAACCCCCCGCAGCCGUUUGAGGAGAAUGAAUUCAUCGACGCUUCCCGUCUGGUGUAUGAUGGAGUUCGUGACAUCAGGAAAGCGGUGCUGAUGAUAAGGACGCCCGAGGAGCUGGAGGACGACUCCGACUUCGAGCAGGAGGAUUACGACACUCGCAGCCGCACCAGCGUGCAGACCGAGGACGACCAGCUCAUCGCCGGACAGAGCGCUAGAGCCAUCAUGGCCCAGCUGCCCCAGGAGGAGAAGGCUAAGAUCGCCGAGCAGGUGGAGAGCUUCCGGCAGGAGAAGUGCAAGCUGGAUGCCGAGGUGGCCAAGUGGGACGACAACGGCAACGACAUCAUCGUGCUGGCCAAGCAGAUGUGCAUGAUCAUGAUGGAGAUGACCGACUUCACCAGGGGCAAAGGGCCGCUGAAGAACUCGUCGGACGUGAUCAACGCGGCCAAGAAGAUCGCCGAGGCAGGCUCCCGCAUGGACAAGCUGGCCCGUGCCGUGGCCGACCAGUGCCCGGACUCUGCCUGUAAGCAAGACCUGCUGGCGUACCUGCAGAGAAUCGCCCUGUACUGCCACCAGCUCAACAUCUGCAGCAAGGUGAAAGCUGAGGUGCAGAACCUCGGGGGAGAGCUCAUCGUUUCUGGGCUGGACAGUGCCACGUCCCUCAUCCAGGCUGCUAAGAACCUGAUGAAUGCGGUGGUGCUCACAGUCAAGGCCUCCUAUGUGGCCUCCACCAAGUACCAGAAGGUGUACGGCACGGCGGCCGUCAACUCCCCCGUGGUCUCCUGGCGCAUGAAGGCGCCCGAGAAGAAGCCCCUGGUCAAGAGGGAGAAGCCGGAGGAGUGCCAGACCCGGGUUCGAAGGGGCUCCCAGAAAAAGCACAUCUCGCCCGUCCAGGCCCUGAGCGAGUUCAAGGCCAUGGAUUCCUUUUAAUUAACGUUAGAAGAUGAUGACGACAUACACACACUCUCUCACACACACACACACACACACACACACACACACACACACACACACACACACAAAAAGAGAGCUUAGCUUAGAACCUUUCAGUUUUUGUGUUCAUUUUUUUUUCCUUUUUUUGGUCCUUUUGUUGAUCUAGGUUCAGCUUACGGACACACUCCUGCCAGCCUCGUGUCCGCAUUUAAAAUUAGAAGGAUUAGCUACCCAUCCGUGUGUGGUACAGUUAGCAUGAGGCAGACCGUGCCAACCUCUCUGGGGCAGACUGUCUCAACCAGCUGGUGGGGCCCCAGCGUUAUUUAUUUUAGCUUAAACCUGUGAAAGCCAAGCUCUGACUCUCGCUGUGAAGAAGUGAAACACAAGGUAAAAAAAAAAAUAAAAUAAGUUGUUGAUGUCGGUAGAGAAAAUUCUACACAAGGUC